CAGACAUUCCAAGAUGGCAGCGAACGAAGUAGCACUUCAGCUGUUCCCAUGCAAAGUCUGCGGAAGAAGCUUCGUCAAGGAAUCUCUGGCUAAGCAUCAGAAUGCCUGUCAGAAGGUCAGCAAGCCCCGGAAGGUGUUCGACUCGUCCAAACAGCGAGUCACCGAGGACCUGCCUCUACGGCAGAUAAAAAAUGCCCAGAAGAAGUCUGGCAAAGACGUUGUGCAGCCGCCCAAGAGCAACUGGCGAGCCAAGCAUGAAGAUUUUGUAAACAGCAUCCGCGCGGCCCGCGACGUCACGAAGGCUCAGAUGGAGGGCAGGCCACUGCCGCCUCCCCCACCGCCAUCUAUCAACCCAGACUAUGAACAAUGUCCAUACUGCGAUCGUCGGUUCAACCGGAAAGCCGCAGAGCGCCACAUCCCCUUCUGCAAGGAGCAGAGUUUGAAAAAGGGCCCACUCCCCCCGGCAAACAAGGCUGCUGCCAACAAAGGGAAGCCCAACCCAAAGGAAGCAGCCAACCCGAAGGAUGGAUUCCAACCUCCAAAGCCGAAGUCUAAUGUUGGGGCUGCUGGAAGAGGGGCUGCAGCCCCACCCCCUGGUAACCGACCUGCCGUGGGCCGAGCUGGAGCAGCGGAUAUUGCACGCACAGGUCUCCAUUUCUUGUCACCUCCCCCGCCUUCUGAUGGGUUGCCCCUAAACAAAAAGAAACCCUUGGGUGUGGGCUGUGUCGCUAACAGAGACACGAGUGUUAACCAAGUGAAUAAAAUUGCAUCGUACCAAAUGAGGGCCGGCGCUAAGCACCCGUUAUCACCAAUAGGACAGAUAUCACACAAGAGCAAAUCAAAUUAUCAUCUCAGCUCAAAAGACAGUGUCACAAAACAUUGCAGCAGUCGGAAUUCGAACGUUCCCGCUAAGUUCUGUCACAACUGUGGAACGCAGUACUACGUUACCACGGCAAAGUUCUGUUGUGAAUGUGGAAUUAGUCGAAUUGGAAUAUCCUGAAACCUAUAUAGUUUUAUGAUUUUUUAAAAUUAUUAUUAUUUUGAUGAUUUAAAAAAAAAAAAAAUUUAAGAUUUGUUAAAAAAAAAUAAAAAACUGAAGAUAUGUAAUUAUUUAUUAAGAAUUUUUUGUCAUUUAUUAAGAUUUUUUUUGUUAUGUAGCAAGAUUUUUUUGGGGUUUGUUUUUAAAUUCAGAUUUGUUCUUGAUAUUUAUUUUAGAUUUAGUAGAGAUUAUUUUGUUUUCCUGUAAAGGAACAACUAAAAGUGAAUAUCUAACCAUAGCUACCAGUGUCCAUUUUGGAUACUGCAUGGUAUUCUAAAAGAAAUCAUUUGUAAUUCUUAGGUUUCUUAUCAAAUAUAUUGUAAAAACGUAAUGAAAUUUGUAUAGGUUAAAAUAGAUAUUUAAUUUGUUCACCUUGUUAUAGAUUGAUAGUGAGCAUACAGUUGACCGUUUCACCGAAUAGGUCCAUGUUUUAUAGAACUCAAAGACUCAAAAUUGAUCAAUUUUCUUAAUGUCAUUAAGUUAGAAUUAUAGUUUGAGCAUUGAAAUCUUUAGACUAUAAAGGCUGGAAUUAUAUUUUUAGCCUUGAAAUAUCCAGAUUGUAAAGGGUUUUUUAAGUAUGGGACAAGAGCUCAUUUGUUCAUGUUAAUUAUUUCAACCAAUGUCAGAAUAUUUCAACGAUGAAUUUGAAAUUAACGUCAUUCGGUUGGAGUUAUAUUUUGAUAUCUCUAGAUUGUAAAGGUUGGAAUUAUAUUUUGAGAUCUCUAGAUUGUAAAGGUUGGAAUUAUAUUUUGAGAUCUCUAGAUUGUAAAGUUUUUUAAGUAUGGACCAAAGCCUCGUUUGUUCAAAUGUUAGUUAUUUCAACCAAUGUUGGAGGAAAUUUCAACCGUGAAUGUGAAAUUAAUCACAUUUAGUUGGAAUUAUAUUUUGAGUCUUGAAAUCUCUAGAUUAUAAAGGUUGAAAUUAUAUUUUGAGUCUAGAAAUCUCUAGAUUGUAACGGUUGGAAUUAUAUUUUGAGAUCUCUAGAUUGUAAAGUUAUUUAAGUAUGGGCCAAGGGCUCAUUUGUUCAAAUGUUAUUUCAACCAAUAUCAGAGGAAAUUUCAGCCGUGAAUUUGAAAUUUAUGUCAUUCAUUUGGAAUUAUAUUGUGAGCCUUGAGAUCUCUAGAUUGUAAAGUUUUUUAAGUAUGGACCAAAGGCUCAUUUGUUCAUGUUAGUUAUUUCAACCAAUGUCAGGAAAUUUCAGCCAUGAAUUUGAAAUUAACGUCAUUCAAUUGGUAUUAUAUUUUGAGUCUUGAAAUCUCUUGAAAAGGUUGGAAUUAUAUUUUGAGAUCUCUAGAUUGUAAAGCUAUUUAAGUAUGGGCCAAGGGCUCAUUUGUUCACGUUAGUUAUUUCGACCAAUGUCAGAGAAAAUUUCAGCCGUGAAUUUGAAAUUUAUGUCAUUCAUUUGAAAUUAUAUUGUGAACCUUGAGAUAUAUACAUGUAGAUUGUAAAGUUUUUAAAAUAUGAACCAAAGGCUCAUUUGUUCAUUUUAGUUAUUUAUACCAAUGUCCGAGAGGAAAUUUCUACUGAAUUUAAAAUCAUGCAAAUAUCAAUUGAGGAGAAAUAUUAAAACUUUCACCUAUCAGCAUCUUACGGUAUUCAUAAUAAAGCAAACUGAAUUUUUAUUUUUUUAGCACUUUGCUAAGAAAAUUUAAAUAAAACCUUUUUCGCUAAUCUUUUGCUGGAUUAAACUUGUUUCAAACAGCUUAGGUUAGCGUAACCAUGGUCAGAAAAAUCUUGGAUGGCUUAACCAUAUUUAAAAAAUAUUUGGGUAGCUUUUACUUAUGUUAAAAUUGUUUUUAAAUGUGUUAGUUUAACUUUGAAAAACCUGGGUAGCUUACACAUUUUUUUUUUAAUUUGAGGUAGCUUAAGAAAACUUCUAAGAAGCUUAACCAUUUUUUUAAAUAUCUGAAAAGGCUUAAGAAGCUUAACCAUGCUUUGAAAAAUCUGAAGUAACUUACUGAUGUUUUUAAAGAUGUUUGGGUAGCUUAACAAAACUAUAAAAAGUCUGCGAACUUUCAAUAAUUUUAUCUUAUUUUCAACAUAGUUACUUCAUCUGAUUGCAUUUCAUGGGAUAUGGUAAACCUUAAUACCUAAAAUGGCCUUUUCUGAUUUAAUUUAUUAUGUUUGUUUUUUUGUUUUUGUUUUUACAUAGAUAUAUAAGAUAUACAAUUCUGUUUUUAAUAAGGCUAUGGAUUUCCCCCGGUCUGCUGUUGAUAAUGAUAGUCUGUCCUAUAAAAAAAACCCCAGCAGUCUGUAAAUCACUGUGUUUGUCAAGACGUAUCUAUGCACGAAUUUCUAGAAUAUGUAUAGUGUAUACAUGUAGUGUUAGUCUGCUCAUUCUUGUGUCCUGUGUGCCUGUUUGUUGUGUGACUGUAUUGUAACUCUCAGGACUAUCGGCCAAUAUUUGUAACUUUUAAAUUAAAAAAAAAAAUUGGGGGUGGAGGAAUUUUUGCAUUUAAAUUUUUUAAAUACUAGAGAAAAAGGGUAUGUGUAUUUAUUUUAAGGUCAGGAAUAAAUGGGUUUUUUUAAGGGGUGGGAGAGGGGCAUUAUCAGUUUUAUAAGAAAACUGAUGAAUGGGAUUUAAUUUGUCCAUAAGACUAGAGCCAAGGGGGUGCUUGGAUUUAUUUCAAGGUCAGAAAUAUUUGGCCAUAUUUUUAAAGGAGUUGAGGAGGGAGGGGGCAUUUUCUUUUCUUUUUGUUUUGUUUAAACUGAUGAUGGGAAUUUAAUUUGUCCAUAAGACUGGAGCAAAGGGGUGCUUGGAUUUAUUUCAAGGUCGCUCCAGGUCAGAGGGUUUAAUCUAGUUAAAUUGAGGCCAAUGGGCUUAUUAAGCCUUUUAAAGUUUGGGCUGAAGUCUUUCAUAAUGUCUUGAGAUGACAUGGCAACACUAUACAAAUUACAGAUUUAUGUUUAGACUCCAAAGUUUUAAAAGCACAGAGCAGGAUUUCUACCAAUAAACUUUAAUCGAAAGACAACAUAUUAUCAAUGACAUGUUAACAUUUUUUUGAUAUUUUGUAAAAAAAAAAACCCAAGCCCUAUGGAUUUUACAUUCUGUUUUUUUAAAUAAAAUUAAUACUAGCUCUGUGGAUUUUAAGGUCUAUUUUUUUGUUUGUUAUAAACACUAUCCCUAUGGAUUUUACACUUUUUUUUAUAUAUAUAAAAUGAAUACUAGCUCUAUGGAUUUUAAGUUCUAUUUUUUUAAAUAAACACUAUCCCUGUGGAUUUUACAUUCUAUUUAUAUAUUGUGAUAUUAAAUGUUUUUCAUUUAACUUGUGAUGCAUUGAGAUCACAUCAGACUGCUGUUCAUAACUAUGCACAUUUCAAUCUCACUGGAUAAGAAAUGAGAUUAAAGUUUGCGGUAUGCGGGUUUCGAAAUUAUCAUUUGCCUGAUCGCCCGACCAUUAUUGGCCAAGGACAACUGAAUUUUACAAAGGUAGUCCAUUUACAAAGGUAGUCCAUUGAGUGACCAUCAAUUUUGGAAAAAUGACCAUCUUUUUCAACAUUAAUAACAUGAAACCAUGCCCAUUAUUGGCCAAGGACAACUGCAUUUUACAAAGGUAGUCCAUUUACAAAGGUAGUCCAUUGAGUGACCAUCAAUUUUGGAAAAACGACCAUCUUUUUCAACAUUAAUAACAUAUGAAACCAUGCCAAAAACUGCCUCCAAACUUUAUAUACUCAAUACAGGAGAUCACAAAUUAAUAAAUUAUUAAAGUAAUAUAAAUAAAAGUUAGUGUCCUUGUUUCUUUCUUUUUAACGAGGACAAGGAAGUAAUUUAAUGAGCUUCAUCAGAAACAGCUGUUGUAGCGCCUCACUUGAGUGCCGUUUCCGACUUGUGCCAGCUCCAUUGCCCAAGACAGUAGUACUUUUUACUCUUGGACAUAAUAUUUAUGUUGUAGUGGGUUUCCUCUCUAAGACUAUAUGUCAAAAUUACCAAAUGUUUGACAUCCAAUAGCUGAUGAUUAAUGAAUCAAUGUGCUCUAGUGGUGUCGUUAAACAGAACAAACUUUGAACUUUUAUUAUUUAUGUAAUAUGUGUAAAUUCCUCCUCAUUUGGGAGAGUACUAGAAAAUAUUGAACAGGCAUCCAUUUCACUCAUAAUAAGGAAAGCUCUUUUCAGAUCAGUUCAUUUCAAUAAUUUAUUUUUCACAUAUCAGUCAUAAAUAUCAUUAACAUGAAUAUAUACAUUUAAUGAAAUGUGUGUCCAAUAAUCAUUCAAUCUGGUUUACUUUCCGUUUUUGUCCCGAAGGCUUAUAAAUGACCUAUCAUAAUACAUGUAAUUCAAAUUUUACCUGCCCCAUCUGUUAGAUAUUAUUUCCACGGUAACAGUGCCAGUCCAGUGAGAUAUUUUAUCACAUAGUUGCUUUUAUUAGUUUAUAUUUAUAAUAAUAUUAUAUAUUAUUGGUGUAUGUUGGGUGUGUAUUUAGGUUAAACAAGCAUUGUUAAAGUUCAUAGUCUAUAAGGAAAACAGGUGUUGUUACAUUUCAUAGUCUAGCAAACAUAGGAUAUUCAUUUCUUCAAAUAUACUUCAGCGUUUUACUUAUGUGGUUAUUCUUUUGAGUGUAGUGUGGUUAUCGACAGCAAAUACACGUACCGAGGUAACGCAAUCUUGAACUUGUCUCAUUUAUAUCCCGUGAUUAUUUAUUUCUGUCAAGUAUAAUAUUGACAUGGUCUAUGAUUAUUUAUUAAUAUUUAUUAUAUCGAGCAUAAUGUUUAAAUAUUCUAUGAAUAUUUAUUUCCGUAAAAGUGUAAUAUAGAAAUUUUCCAUGAAUGUUUGUUCCAUACAGCACACUGGUGAAAUUCGUAAAUAUUUCUCUCUCAAUGUGUAAAGUUGAAAAGUUCCACGAAUAUUUGUUUCCGUAGAGUUGUAAUGUCAACAGUUGAACUUUUCACUUGUUGAAGAUGGAAGUCACUGCUUCAUGUAAUUCUGUUUUAAUCUUCAUAACCAUCGAUAACCAAAUCUAUGGUUCGUUUAAUGGUUUAAUUUUGUUUGUUUAAUGGUUUUUAUUUUUAUUUUAUUAAAUGUUGUAAAGUUACAUAUAUUCAAAUUUCAUAUUCGUUUUUGUUUUAAUCACUCUUUUGUUCCAUUUUUAUAUUAAAAUUCUUCCACAAGGCAACAGAAGUAUGUGCGAGGACAUUAAAAACUGUGUUUAUCAGUUUUGUAUUUUAUUUAAAAAAAUGUUUCUCGUCUGUGACGAAACACAAUAGUAUUGAUACUUCUUUUUUUUGCAUUUCUAGAAGUCUGCAUUAUGCAUUUACAAUCUUUUCUCAAAACUGUUAGUGCUAGACCCAUUCAAGAGUUAUAGAUUACAAUCGCCAUGGUUACAGGAACAGAACUGACUACUGCUCAAAUAGUAAAGAUUGUACUAACAAAACAUACAAUGUACAUGUAUUUUGUGUCAUCAUGCCCUUUUUUUUAAUGAGAAUAUUCAACCAGUGAUUGCAGUUUGAAGAAAUGAAUAUGCUAAUUAUGUGUACAUUAAAUUGGAGACUGUCUGAGAAUGCAAGAAUUAAAAUAUUGAAACUGUUAAAAUUUUAGUGUUAGCCAGAUUUAUUUUGAUUUUUUUUUCUUCUAGAUUACUGGACAAUUAUUUAGAAAACAAUUAAGUUAAUUCAAUCAAGGUGUAAUAUUCUGUGACCUUGGAAUAAGAUAUCAUUUUAUAUGUUGAGAGUAUUUUAUAUGUUUAAAAAUUCUAAAUAUAUCGCCAGGUACAAUAUAUGAGGUUGUAUUGCAUAUUCAUAAUCAUGUUAAAUGGAUUAGUUUAGUUUAUGUGUAAAUUUGAUUUCUUCAUACAUGUAAGAGUUGAUAUUCAGCCACAAAGAAAUUAUGAAACACUGAAAGCUUUUUGUCUUUUCUUUUUUUGGGUGGGGGGGGGGGGAAUGGGGGGUGUAUUUUAUCAAAAUAUUUGCAACCUUCUCGUCUGUAUUUCAAACCGUUAAAAAGGCAAUAACUUGUAGGAAUUUCAAGGAAAAUGGACCGAAAUGUUUCGACAGUUUGAAACCAUUUUCCAAGUUUCCCAAGAAUGUAUGGGAAGAUUUACUUACAUUAAUCAAAUAAUCGACGGGAAUCUUAUCUAUGUUGACAUGAAUUAUUUCCGUAUUUUAAAUUGCUUAAAUUAAAAUACAUGUAGUAUUGGAUUUUUGAAAUAAACUGUUUUAGCACAUACAGCAAUUUUGGAAUUUUCCCCAAGAAGACUCAAGUCUUAUUCAUGUUUUAAAUAGUUUUUUCUAUUUAUGAAUGUUUUAAAAAUUAUAUGUAUUAGCACUUGUUCGCCAGCAAGUCUUGGAUCAUGUCAAUAUUUUAAAUUGAUUUUUCUAGUUUAGGACAGUCAUGGAUAUUUUAACACAAACUGUUAUGACAUAUGUCACAGUUCUGGCAUUCUCUGACAGUCAGGUUUGCAUAUUUAUUAUUAUUAUUACUAUUAUUAUCUUUACUACACUUCUCUCCGUCCAGAUCGCUUUUUGUAAGCAGUGAUAGAUCUCAUUUAUGUUGCCAUAAUAAUCUCUAGCCAGACCACAAUAAACUGGUAUAUAGUGAAA